AGAAGCAUGCGUACGGUUGCUGGUGUUGGAACUAUUGUGAAGCGUGGUACUAUUAAAAGCAUACGUGUUGGAGCUAAUGGAAAACAAAUUACCACUAAUAGCAUGGCAAAGAUCGCAACAAUGCGAGCGGACCAAAUAAUGAAUAAUCUCCGCAGACCCUUGCGUCGCUCAAAUGUAGGAGCCAACGUUGCCCAACGUUUGGGCAGUCGUCGUCCUUUGGUUGGUGGUGCUGCAGAACGUAUCGCUAAAAGAAAUUUCGAUCGUUCACGUGGCCGUAUAGCAACUCGCAAGGAUAAUAACAUUGCACAACGUGGACGCUCACGUAGUCGUUCACGAGCACGCACACCCCAACCCACCGUCCGUGGUCGCACACCCCAACCCACUGUCCGUGGUCGCACACCCCAACCUAAUGUCCGCGGCCGUUCACGUAGCCGUUCUCGAGUUCGUGCGCAAGCAUUACCACCACCUCGCACUGAAAAGCGUGUAUCAAUUCAUGAUCGCUUGGGUUUGUCAAUGCCGGCUAGAAAACCUAUGAAACGGCUCCUUAAUAAAAAUAAAUCUAACCGAGUUAAUAUUUUAAAUACUCGUCUAGACAGACGCCGCAAUUCUAUAGCAAAUAUCGAUGCAAUGACUGCAGGUGGUGUACGUAUUGGACGUCCCAGAGGAAGAUCUUUAGCACGAGACAAUAAUAAUGCUGUUGGUGGUGGUCGUCGCGGUCGUUCCCGUUCACGUGGACGCAAGGGUUUUGUGGGUCAGCAACAAGGGUCAUUUAAUGCAAGGCGCGGAGGACGUCAGUUAGGUAGAGUACAAAAAGGCAAUGUUAGAAAAUUCGGCGGACAACAACAGCAACAACAGAAUCGUCGUAGUCGCAGCCGUAGUAGAGGCAAAAUUGGCAGAGGUGGUCGUAAUAAUGCAGGAAACAAAAAGAAUAUUCCCAACAAGAUGGAUUUGGAUAAGGAAUUGGAUCAAUAUAUGUCGAGCAGCAAGGCAGAAUAAUCACCACCAAACAAAUAUCAUUUUCUGAAAGUUUUAUCUUUAACUUAUCUUUAUUUUUUAAAUAAUUAAUUAUAGCUUUACAAGUUAACUUUAAAUCGCUUUAAUUAUUAUAUGUAUUAUAACUUUUUUCAUAAUUAAAAUAAUUAAAACAAAAAUCACAAAUUAAA